GGGGCUGCCCCCAACCCCCAUUGCCGAACCCGCAACAUCCUCCUUCCCUCCCUCGGACCCUGGCCCCACUGCGAGGCUGCCAAUCCUGGGCGAGCCUGGCGCGGCUCUGCCCGGGCGCACGGGCUUUGCCCCUGGCCCCCUCCGAUCGAUGUGGUGUCACUUCACACUCGCUGACAGGGAAGGCAGCAGGACCUUGUUCGCUGGGGGGGUGGCUCCGUGUGCCCGCUCCCCACCCCCACAGGGCAGCUCUCACCCCCGCGGGCGAGGCGGGGCGGGUCCGGCUCCCUCUGCUAAGGGCAUUGGCCACUGGGGGUGCCGGGGGGAGGCAGUUUUCUAUUCCUGCCGAGUGAGCCGAACCAGCCCAGCGCCUGCGAGGGUCCGGCACGCGCCAUGCUGCGGGGAGCCCGGCGGUUGCUCCCACCCCACCUGCGAGGCCUACAGCUUCCCUUACCUCGCCCGGCGCGCCCCCUUAGCAGCGGCUCCAGCACUGCGGGGCGGGAAGAAAAGCCAUCUUCUUUCUUGGGAACUAAAUGGAAAGAUACAGCAGAGACAGUGAUUAUUGGAGGUGGUUGCAUUGGUGUAAGUCUUGCUUACCACCUGGCCAAGGCUGGCAUGAAGGAUGUCAUUCUGCUCGAAAAAUCUGAACUGACGGCUGGAUCUACUUGGCAUGCAGCUGGGUUAACAACUUACUUUCAUCCUGGAAUUAAUCUGAAGAAAAUCCAUUACUACAGCAUCAAACUCUAUGAAAAAUUGGAGGAGGAAACUGGGCAGGUUUUAGCUGGCCUGUAUAACCCUGGAGAUGGUCAUAUUGAUCCCUAUUCUCUCACUAUGGCCUUGGCUGCAGGAGCCAGGAAAUAUGGUGCCCUGUUAAAUUACCCAGUCCAAGUGACAAAUCUGAGCCCUAGAUCAGAUGGGACCUGGGAAGUUGAAACUCCACAUGGAAUAAUUAGAACAAACAGAAUUGUGAAUACAGCAGGCUUCUGGGCUCGUGAAAUAGGCACAAUGAUUGGACUGCACCAUCCCCUCAUACCUGUUCAUCAUCAAUAUGUUGUCACAUCAACUAUCCCUGAAGUGAAAGCCCUGAAAAUGGAAUUGCCUGUGCUUCGUGACUUAGAAGGAUCAUAUUAUCUAAGACAGGAAAGGGAUGGGCUUUUAUUUGGUCCAUAUGAAAGUCAGGAGAAAAUGAAACUACAGGAGUCGUGGGUAACAAAUGGAGUCCCACCAGUGCUUCUCAUCAGUAGAUCUCAAAAUGCUUUACCAUCAUAUGGCAUUAUCCAUGCUGGAGGUGUCGGAAAGUAUCUCAGUGAUUGGAUCCUAGGUGGGGAGCCUCCUUUCGACCUGAUAGAAUUAGAUCCCAAUCGCUAUGGAAAAUGGUCCACCACCCAAUAUACAGCAACAAAAGCAAGAGAGUCUUAUGGAUUUAACAACAUUGUUGGUUAUCCUAAAGAAGAAAGGUUUGCUGGGAGACCUACAGAGAGAGUCAGUGGGCUUUAUGAAGUGCUUAAAUCUAAAUGCUCAAUGGGUUUCCAUGCAGGAUGGGAGCAACCUCAUUGGUUCUACAAGCCUGGAGAUGACAUUGGAUACAAACCCAGUUUUGGGCGCACAAACUGGUUUGAACCUGUGGGUCGUGAAUAUAAGCAGGUUAUGGAAAAAGUUGGUGUGAUUGACCUGACACCAUUUGGCAAGUUUAUUGUCAAAGGGAAUGAUUCAGUUAAACUGUUGGAUCACCUGUUCGCAAAUGUCAUUCCAAAGGUGGGUGCUACAAAUAUAAGUCACAUGUUAACACCGAGAGGCCAAGUCUAUGCUGAGCUAACCAUCUCUCACCUAUCUCCAGGGGAGUUUUUGCUGGUGACUGGUUCUGGGUCAGAGCUCCAUGAUCUGAGAGUAUAUCGUGGUGCCUGGAUGCACAGCAAACACAGAUCACCAUCUAGUAGUUGCCCAUAUGGUGUUGAUGCUCCAACGAGCAGGUAA